GCUUAUCACCAGGAAGUCUCAAACUUCUUCUUAUGUUAAUCAUUUUUGAGCAGAUCUCACUGCAUUUGCUGUUCUUUUGCUCUUCCUUCCAUCAGUCUAUAUCGUAAUCAUAUGAGCAAAGGCUGGCCGAAGCUCAUAACAAUCUUCAGCAUAUAACAUACAAAAUGCCGGGAACAGUGGCGGAGGGACCCACGGUCUCCAUGUCCUUUGCCAACAACUUCUGGGGCAAAGACGACGCUGGCUUUGUGCCUAUGCUGGAGCGGAUGCAUAGUGCGAAGUCCUCGUGCGACGAGCUAAAAACUUUCUACAACAUUCGGGCUGCCAUUGAAGAUGAAUAUGCACGAAAGCUCAUGGCCCUUUGUCGGAAAUCUCUUGGGGUAAACGAGACGGGCUCACUGCGCUCUUCAUUCGAUACGGUCCGUGGCGAGACGGAGGGCAUUGCCAAAGCACAUGCAGCCAUUGCAGGACAAAUGAGGAGGGAGCUAGAAGAGCCAUUGGUUGCAUUUGCUGGAGGUUCAAAAGAGAGAAGGAAAAUCAUUCAAAAUGGAAUCGAGCGUCUUCACAAGAAUAAGGUGCAGCAGACCCAGGUGGUCAAUAAGACAAGGGAUCGAUUUGAACAGGACUGUUUGAGAAUCAAGGGCUACCUGGCACAGGGGCACAUGGUUAUGGGCCACGAGGAGCGCAAAAACAAAGCAAAGCUCGAAAAAACCCAGAUACAGCUUGCUUCUAGCAGCAACGAAUACGAGGCCGCUGUCAAGAUUCUCGAAGAAACCACAGUUCGUUGGAAUAAGGAAUGGAAAGCUGCGUGCGAUAAAUUCCAAGACUUGGAGGAAGAGAGAAUUGACUUCACUAAGAGUAGCCUUUGGACAUAUGCCAACAUCGCAUCAACGGUCUGCGUCAGUGACGAUGCCUCCUGCGAGAAAAUUCGGCUCUCAUUGGAGAACUGUGAGGUAGAGAAAGACAUCAUGUAUUUCAUCAAGGAAAGGGGAACCGGACAGGACAUCCCCGACCCCCCGAGGUUCAUCAAUUUCUGCCGUGGGGAUGUGAAUGACACGAGUUCAGAAGCAUCCGAGGAGGACGGCUACUCCGUGGCUCAAUUCCAGCGUACGAUCAACCCAGCUUUCCGCAGUUCUUCUCCGCAGCCAUCGACCUACGAAUCACAUCAUGAUCCCCAGCCUGAUCCAGCGGUGAUUAAUAACUCUGAAUCGCCGAAGGAUACCCUGAAUAGGGAGCCGACUGCCAUGCAACAGCCCCCUAGGCAACCGCCUGCAAUUCAGCAAGCUCCGAUGCAGCAGCCUGCAAUGCAGCAACCUACAGUGCAACAACCCACGAUGCAGCAGCCUGCGAGACAACAACCUAUAAUGCAACAACCUGCGAGACAACAGCCCGCGAGGGCAGAGCCUACGAUGCAGCAGUCUGCGAUGCAGCAACCUGCACCGCUGGACCUACGCCGAGGCGGCCACCCUCCACCGAACUAUGACCCGAAUCAGCAUGGGGAAAUUUCGGCAGUGCCCCACAAUGCGUACCCGACAGAUGGAAUGACUAUGUUCUGCCGAACGGGGCCUCCCUCUGAGCGCAGUUCAGGCACGAACAGUGCAUACAGGCCAUCUAGUAGAGACUCGCAGAGUGAGGUGUCCAACCCUGCAUCUGUGUCUAGCCAAGAGCCUCCCAGUGCGAGGCAAUCUCCAACCAAACCCACCAAUAGUGCUGCUCUUCGAGGAUCUGCACAAGACACGCAGGUCCAGAAGAAACGGAGCACGUUCUUUAGUAAUAGCCCCUUCCGACGCAAGAGUCGACAUGACAAGGACCGUAAUUCUGGUUCUUCCUCUCGCAACACCUGGGACUCGUCCUCCAAGCAGACCAGUCCGAUCAAAGCACCGCAACCCAAACAAGCUCAGCGCCCUAUAUCUAUUGCUCAAAAGAAUCGUUUGUCCGGAAGUCCAGAGCCUGUCGAUCCAAGAGCAAAUUUCCAACUCAAUGUCGGCAAUAAUGUGUUUGACGUUGCUUCCCCUGACGGGAGUUCUCCUAAGAAGGCGUCGCAGGCGAGCGACGGAAAGGGAGACGACCUUGAUCCAAUUGCGCGUGCUCUUGCUGACUUGAAAGGGGGCGGGAAGCAGUCUGCCAGUCGAGUAUCUGCCGAUAGGUACCACGGAAUUGCUAGUCCAGCGCCCCCAGGUCCUGGUUCCAAUUAUGGCAACACCGCCUCCUCUUCUAAUAAUUCCACCACCAACGCCAAUGCAUCUAUUGCUACCCCACCCCCGGCAUACAACGAACCGCCUGUGAAACGGCUUGGUGCGCCACAGCCCGCUUUUACAUCGGCGCAGAUGCACAAGACGACACAGAAAUACACCGGACAGACCCAGAAUAUGUUCAGAGGAACCGGGAACUCUCCGAGUAUGGCUAGCAGGACCAGUGUACACUCUCAGGAGGUUCCCCGUGCCAAAUCUCCUGCCCCGCGACGAAGUGCCAGCCCCCAAGUUGCCCCCCGUGUGGAUACUCGCAUGAGCCAGCACAGUCGAGGCCCGAGUCGGGGCCCCAGCCCCAGCCCCAGCCAUUACCAAUCCAGCAGUGUGAAGAGUCGCUACAGCCAGCAUUCUCCGACUGUCUCCACGCCACCACAGCGGCCCAGCGAUGCUGCCUACUCGCCUCGUUACGCGAACCGACCAUCCUCAAGCGCCAUGCCACGAGCCGUUUCACCCCAACCACAGUUCAGGCAGCAGGCACGCCCGUCAAGCUCGGGUGGCAUGGAGCUCCAGCUUUCAGGACCGGCUGACCCAUAUGCAAGUGGCUACGACAGCUAUAGUUCACGAAGGGAUGGCCGCCCAGCAUCGUACUAUGGCGAUAGUGGAAGCCAGAGAAGCCAGUCCAAGAGCAGAAGUAUGGCUGUUGCUGACCCUGGCCAGCAAUUCAGUCGGGAUGGUCGUCCCAUUUUACACUUUGCCCGGGCCUUGUAUAACUAUACUGCCGCCAUUCCCGAAGAGCUCGGUUUCACCAAGGGCGAGGUUUUGUCAGUCAUCCGACUUCAGGACGAUGGCUGGUGGGAAGCUGAAAUUACGACCGCUCGAAGCCGACCUGGACUGGUGCCGAGCAACUAUUUGCAAAUCAUUUGAUUUCGACAACGCCCACACCCGCUUCAUGGAUAACUGGCUACGUUUAUACAUCUCCUCUGCGGGAUGUCCAUGAAGCUGAUACCCCUUGUGCCUUUGAUUUUGCAACUUCUUAAUAUGUACAUCCCUUCAUACUAGCCAGUCGUGCGUUCUACCUCAUCACUUCACCCCUUUAAUUCUUCAACGACCCCCUACGUUUUGGUUUUGAAUGUUUCGAGUACAUUGAGUUAUUUAUCUUGCUGCACUUGAUUCUUGAUUUUGCUGAUUUUGCAAGCCAUGUUUAUGAAGCCAUGUCUUAUUACCCUUUAAGAAUGUCCCCUUAUGGUUACCGUUUAUGCUCUAUUGCCUUGAUAGUACUCCCUCUACAGCAUCGUUAAAU